AACAGCACAUGUUUAUAUAGAUGAACUUGUUGUCUGGGUGUUAAAGACUUAAAGUCCGAAAGUUUCUUUAUUGUAAUGGAAACUAUUCAUAAAAACCAGGUUGAUGAAGUUUUACCGUACCAGCAUGAGCCAGAAAUUGGCGAAAAGUCCCAAAAUUUAAGCGAGUAUAGCGAUUCGGACGUUGAUAGUGAAUCGCUAUCUUCUGACGAAGAACACGACCAUAUAUUCGAAGAACAAAAUGCUUGGCGCUUAGAGUCUCUUGAUUGGUGCAAGUGUGGCAAUUGUAACUUUAUGUCGAAAACUAUCGAAAGUUUUUGUUGCCAUGAGAAGGCAUUGGAGUAUAAUGAGUAUGAUGCCCUACUUAACGAAGUUGAAACGCUUGGCGAAAAGUGUUUGACAGCGCAUAGUGAUUUUAUUAAUAACAUGCUCGCUGAAGGAGUUCUAAAGAUCGAUGUCUGUCGUUAUCUUGAAGAAAACUGGCCAGUUGACGACGAAGAUUUGGAAAGAACUCAUAAGCUGUAUCGACUUGUAUCGUACCAACGAUGUUCCCGCUGGAUAUUCCAGAUUUUAGGCAGAAAGAAUCGAAGGCCUUUUUCUGCUUGCGUCUAUUUGAAAAUACGAGAACAAUUUGCAUCGCCCGAAGGACUUUACACUCAUUUUAAAUAUUCGAAAACAUGUAAAAGAUGAAUGAGUAUCUUGAGGGACUGCUGGUUUGCUAAACCGGGACUUUCUUCUGGCUACAACCUGUUCUUUCAAUGGUCGCUCUGCUCCUGCCAAGUACUUCUCAACUAAUGAUGGUGGUUCAGGAGGAAGAACUUCAUUGGCAUGAACUUUG